UUUUACUAAUUUACUUUUCAGUUUUCAGUACUCACUACUCGGUAGUAGUGGAGUCCCAAGAAUUAUCCCUCAGAUUAAGAUGUAAUGUCAAUUAUUUUUUUUUGUACUUAAACCGUUUUAAAAAAUUUUUAUUGCAUUUAAUUAUUUGAAAUUUAAAUAGGUAGCUGAUAUAAAGGCAUUUAUCUAUAAAUGUUUAAUUUUGUAUUUUUAAUGUAUCAGUGUUUAAAUAAUUAUUCUUAAUUGUGUCUUUUAAUUUAUAAGUAAAUAUUAGUUAUAUAAAUAUGUUCUAACAUUAAAUAUAUUAAGCUUUGUAUUUCCUAUAAAAACAUAACAGAAAAAUGUCUGAACCAAGUAAGUUUUCUUCAAGAUCACAUGUCUCGACAAUCGAAUGGGAUAUGAUGGACAAGACAAAAUUUUUGCCAUUGAGUAUGUUAAGCUCGUUUUGUGUUCGCUGUACUCUCUAUCCAUUGACUUUAAUUAAAACAAGACUUCAAAUCCAGAAACAUGGAGAAAUGUAUAAAGGUUUGCUGGAUGCAGCUAAUCGUAUUUACCAUACGGAAGGUAUGUCAGGACUUUAUCGCGGUUUUUGGGUGAGUUCUGCCCAAGUAUUAUCUGGUGCAGCUUACAUUGGUGCAUACGAACAAACUAGACAUAUGACAGCUCCAUAUUUGCAACAAUGGCCUGAAAUUAGAUCAAUGGUUGCGGGAGGUGUGGCAUCUGUUUUUGGCCAAACAAUAAUUGUACCUUUUGAUGUGGUCAGUCAACACUUAAUGAUGCUCGGCUUGUCAACUAGUAGUAUAGACAAAAAUAAAAUAAUAUAUUUUCGUCCACUGGGUAUACAUUUGGAUAUCUCAAAAUCAAAAUUUCGUACCACAUUAGAUAUUGCUCAAUGUGUUUAUCAACAGGAUGGUUUUAAAGGAUUCUAUAGAGGUUAUGUGGCCUCUGUUUGCACUUAUGCACCUAAUAGUGCAUUAUGGUGGAGUUUUUAUACAAUAUUCCAAGAUCAACUUGAAAAAAGGUGUCCAGUAAAUACAUCACUUUUAUUUUUGCAAAGCAUAUCAGGAGUACUAGCUGGGUUCACUACUACUCUGAUAACAAAUCCCAUGGACACAAUAAGAGCACGAUUACAGGUUCAAAGAACAAACUCUAUUGUUGGUACAUUCAACGCCUUGUGGAAAGAAGAAGGCAUGUUCAUGUUCAGUAAAGGACUUUCUGCCAGAUUGGUCCAGUCAAUUUGUUUUAGUUUUACAAUUAUUUUAGGUUACGAGAGCAUCAAAAGAGUUAGUGUACUUCACGAGUACAAAGAUCAUGUACGAUGGUAAUAUGGUAUCUAUCGGUAACUUUUACUGUAUAUUUUUUUUUUUAGAAAAUUAUAUUUUUUAAGGGAGCACAUGUCACAAAAAAUAGGUGUUAUAAAAAUAGGGUAAUCUUGACUACCGAAGUAUUUUCAAGACUACCUGGUAUAAUCUUCUUAGUUAUCGCAACUACAGCAAUUUUUAUAUUUAAAACAAAAAUUAAAUAGUUAAAAUCAAAAUUCAAGGUUAAAUUUAGUAUUAUAAGUAUACAAAAUAUCAUCAGAUUAUAGGAGCUAGUCAUGGAAAUAUUUGGGUACUAUAGUAAACCGGGAAAUACCAAAAUAAGUUUAUUUAGGUUUAAAGUAUAUUUUAUUUUAAGAAAAUUUAUAAUAUAGGAGCCAUUAUUUUAUUUUAAUUAUUCGAAUAGGUAUAGAAAAUUAAAAAUAGCUAUGUAAUCACAUGGCAGCCUAUCUAACAUUUUAAAUGUGAUUAAAUACAACUUCAAACAUCACUGAAUAAUAAUAAUUGGUUGAUUAUCAUACAAUGAAUGCGUUUGUUUAUAUUUGUACUACAUUUGAUAAACGUCGAAUUAUAGUUCUAAGAUAAAAACUAUGUGUGCAGUGUGCUCCUUUAAUAUUUUUAAACAAAUCGCUAAAUGAUACAUAUUAUAUGAUUAUUGAUUUACGUUUUGUUAUGUUGACAUUUUAACUUGUUUAUUUAUGUAUGUAUAGACAACAUUUAUUUUUUAUUGUUACCUUUAGUUAUUUAAUUUAUAUGUUGUUAAAUGUAUUUCACUUCUAAAAUUAUAGACUUAUUAUAAUGCAAUGGUUGAAUUUCUUCAUCGUCAAGGUUUUAUAUAAUUUUUAUUUUAAAAGUUACGUUUUAUAAAGAAUUUAAUUCAUCAUACACAGUGAAGAAUACGGUUUUUUAGAAAUGUAUAAUGUUCAAAUUGAAAGUCUUAUUAGUUACCAAAUUAUUCAAUUUAUGUGAUUUUACUGAUGUCCAAUACAAUUUUACAUAUUGUAUGUUAUUAGAUGGAAACUCAAUUAUAAAUAUAGAAAAAAAUUAUUUUUAUAUCCAUAGAAAGAUUUUUAUUGCUAUUCAAUAAGUUAUAAGUUUGUACUUUGUUGCUACUAUAGGUAAUGUAUAUUCGCUACAAUAUGUUCAGAAAUUGGAAUGUUAUAUUUUUUGCAACAUCUUUAAAACCAAACUUUUCGUCCAUUACUAGUCGAAUCCAAAUGUUACUAAAAUUAUAACUAAUAUCGAAUAUUCAUUAACAUCAAAUAAUGUAAAACUUUAACUAGUAUUACUAAUGUUCAUGGUGUUACAUAUUAUAUUUCAAUGCUUAAAUGUGGCUCUGAAAUGUGAGCAACAAUUAAAAAU